AGAUGGGCCUGAGCUCACUCCAUGCUCAGGCCCAGGCAGAGGUGGGCUCAUUGUCAGAAAAACCUUCCCUGCUCUCCUACCAAGAUCUUUCAAGCUUCCCAGACCAGCAGUCUGCAAGACAGGAGUCACCCAACACCUCCACAUCCACAGCGGUGCCGCUGAGAAGAAAAUUCCCACUUCAGCCCAACCCGAAGCCCAGAAAGCAGGAGGCUCUUGCAACCAAGUUGCCUCUGGCUGAAACAUGUCUAAAGAACUUCUCAGGUAUACGGGAAAGUUGCCAAAACCCAUGGAGACAGCACCUGUGGUGCACACUGUCCUGGAAAAAUGAGGAUUUGCACAAAAAAUUCACACAGCUGCUACUUCUACAAAGACCUCACCCCAGAAGCCUUAAGUCCCUGGUCAGAAGGAAGAGACAAGUCCCUAUAAUGGAGAAUCAAGGACAUUUGAUUGAGAUCAGAGAUUUAUUUGGCCCAGGCCUGGGAGCCCAAGAAGAACCCCGCAUCGUCAUACUGCAUGGAGCUGCUGGAAUUGGGAAGUCAACACUGGCCAGGGAGGUGCAGAGAGGCUGGGAGGAAGGCCAGCUGUACCAGGACCGCUUCCAGCAUGUCUUCUACUUCAGCUGUGCAGAGCUGGCCCAGUCUAAGGUGAUGAGUCUCGCUGACCUCAUCACACAAGCCCAGGAGGCCCCUCCAGCUUCCCUUCAGCAGGUUCUGUCUCGGCCAGAGCAGCUGCUCUUCAUCCUCGAUGGUGUGGAUGAGCCAAGAUGGGUCUUACAGCAACAGAAUGCUGAGUUCUGCCAACACUGGAGCCAGCCACAGCAGGUGGCCAUGCUGCUGGGCAGUUUGCUGGGGAAAACCAUACUUCCCGAGGCAUCCUUCCUGAUCACAACUCGGACUGUGGCUCUGCAGCAGCUCAUUCCUUCUCUGAAGCAGCCACGUUGGGUGGAGGUCCUGGGGUUCUCUGAGUCUAGCAGGAAGGAAUAUUUCUACAGCUAUUUCACAGUAAAAAGCCAAGCACUUAGAGCUCUCAGCCUGGUUGAGUCAAACCCAGCAGUCUGGACCAUGUGUCUCAUGCCUUGGCUGUCCUGGCUGGUCUGCACCUGCCUGAAACAGCAGAUGGAGAGGGGGGAGGAUCUCACACUGACCACCAUGACUGUCACUGGCCUCUAUUGGUGCUACCUCUCCCAGGCUCUCCCGGCUCAGCCCCUCCGGCCCCAUCUGAGAAGCAUCUGCUCCCUGGCUGCUGAGGGCAUCAGGAGAAAAAGGAGCCUCUUCAGCCCAGGUGACCUCAGGAGACACGGGUUAAAUGGGCGCAUCAUCUCCACUUUUGUGACAAUGGGUGUUCUUCUAAAGCACCCCAACUCCCGGGUCUAUAGCUUCAUCCACAGAUGUUUCCAGGAAUUCUUGGCAGCAGUGUCCUAUGUCUUGGGGGAUGAGAAGAGAGGUGAACAUUGUAACAGCAUCAGAGGUGUGAGAGGUUUGCCACAAGCACACAAAACACAUGUCCUGUCCCGGGCACCAACCAGGCGUUUCCUAUUCGGCCUAUUAGGUGAGCAGGCAGGGAGAGAGAUGGAGAGCAUCUUCACCUGCCAGCGGGCUCCAGAGCUGAAGCAAGAGCUGCUGCAAUGGGCCAAGAGGGAGGCCUGUGUCCUGCAGUCUCCCCAGUUGCCUGGCUUUCUGGAGUUGUUCUAUUGUUUGUAUGAGACUCAGGAUGAGGAGUUUGUGACACAGGUGAUGGUCCAUUUCCAAGGAUCGAGCGUGUGUGUCCAAACAGGCAUGGAGCUCCUGGUGUUCACUUUCUGCAUCAAAUUCUGCCACCACAUGAAGAGGCUCCAACUGAAUAAGGGUGAACAGCACAUACCAAUGCCGAGGUCCCUGGGGGUAGUCCUCUUCAUGCAGAUCCCAGUCACAGAUGCCUGUUGGCAGCCUCUCUUCUCCAUUCUUGAAGUCACUGGAAGCCUGAAGGAGCUGGACCUAAGUGGAAAUUCGCUGAGCCACUCUGCAGUGCAGAGUCUUAGGAAGACCCUGAGACGUCCUCGCUGCCACCUGGAGACCCUGCGGUUGGCCAGCUGUGGCCUCACAGCAGAGGACUGCAAGGACCUUGCCCUUGGGCUAAGCACCAGCCAGACCCUGACCGAGUUGGAGCUGAGCUUCAACAUGCUUAUGAACACAGGAGCCGAGCACCUUUGCCAGGGGCUGAGACAGCAGCGUUGCAGGCUGCAGCGGCUACAGCUGGUCAGCUGUGGCCUCACAUUCAGCUGCUGCAAGGACCUGGCCUCUGUGCUCAGCACCAGCCCCAGCCUGAAGGAGCUAGACCUGCGGUGGAACAACCUGGGAGACCUUGGCGUGAGGCAGCUCUGUGAGGGGCUGAGGCAUCCCACCUGCUCACUCACGCUCCUGUGGCUGGACCAGGCCUUUUUGGGUGAGAAGAUGAAGGAGGAACUGAGGACCCUGGAGAAAGAGAAGCCUGCACUUCUCAUCUCCAGCAGGACCUUUCACAUGGAGCCUCCAGGGACUGAAGAUGAGUUCUUGGGCCCCAUGGGACCCGUGGCUGCUGAGGUAGUUGACAUAGAGACGAGGAGCCUGUACCGGGUCCCUCUCCUUGCCAAGCCAGCAGACAAGGACAGGGAUGGGAUACUGGGUGUGUGGGUGUGGUAUUUUUACAGACACUCUACUUUUAAUAUCAUCAUCAUGCCCAAUGACUGCUCCAUUCAGAAGGCCAUUGAUGAUGAAGAAAAGAAGUUCCAGUUUGUGCGAAUACACAAGCCAAACCUGCUGACCUCACUGUAUAUGGGCUCUCGCUACAGCGUGUCUGGCUCAGGAAAGCUGGAAAUGAUCCCCAACGAACUGGAACUCUGCUAUCGAAGCCCUGGAGAAGCCCAGAUGUUUUCUGAGUUCUAUGUUGCCCACAUGGAAUCGGGGUUCAGGCUGCAAAUGAGAGACAAGAAACAUAGGACUGUGGUAUGGAAGGCCUUGGUGAAACCAGGAGAUCUCAGACCUGCAGCUUCUCUGGGUCCUCCAGCUGCCAUAGCCUCACCUUCACCCCGGGACACCCCAGCCUUGCUGAACUUUAUGGACAGGCAUUGAGAGCAGCUGGUAGCACGAGUGACAUCAGUGGACUCUGUCUUAGACAAGCUGUAUGGACAGGUGUUGAGUGAGGAGCAGUACAAGCAGGUGCGCGCUGAGGUCACCAGGCCAGACCAGAUGCGAAAGCUGUUCAGCUUCAGCAAGUCCUGGGACCAGGCCUGCAAAGAUCGACUCUACCAAGCCCUGAAAGAGACUCAUCCUCACCUAAUUAUGGAUCUCUUGGAGGGAGAAAGGGGGUUACAAAGGGAUCUCCUGCCACCCAGAAGCUGA